GGCGCCCUUUUGCCCCUUGCCUUGCCAUCCCCGGCCGAGGCGAAGCAGCCGUGAGCCGGAGCCCUGGGCCCGGCAGAACCCAAGCCCGCCGGAGAUGAACACCAUCAAGAACGUGCCCGCGCGGGUCCUGAGCCGCCGCGGCGGACACAGCCUGGAGGCGGAGCGGGAGCAGUUCGACAAGAACCAGGCUAUGAGCAUCAGCAAAGCCAUCAACACCCUGGAAGCGCCAGUGAAAGAGAAGCAUGCCCGCAGAAUUAUUCUAGGGACUCAUCAUGAGAAAGGAGCAUUCACCUUUUGGUCCUAUGCCAUCGGUCUUCCCUUACCCAGUAGUGCCAUCCUGAGCUGGAAGUUCUGCCACGUUCUCCACAAAGUCCUCCGGGAUGGGCAUCCGAAUGUCCUUCAAGAUUGUCAGCGAUAUCGAAGCAACAUCCGAGAAACCGGGGACCUCUGGGGCCACCUGCAUGAUCGUUACGGGCAACUUGUAAAUAUUUAUACCAAACUUUUGCUAACCAAAAUCUCCUUCCAUCUCAAGCACCCUGAAUUCCCCCCAGGCUUAGAAGUGACGGACGAGGUGUUAGAAAAAACGGCUGGAACAGAUGUGAAUAACAUCUUUCAGCUCACCGUUGAAAUAUUUGACUACAUGGAUUGCGAACUCAAACUGUCUGAAUCAGUGUUCAGGCAGCUUAAUACCUCUAUGGCUGUCUCUCAGAUGUCGGCGGUUCAGUGCCGGCUGGCUCCGCUCAUCCAAGUGAUCCAGGACUGCAGCCACCUCUACCAUUACGCUGUGAAGCUGAUGUUUAAGCUGCAUUCAUGUUUGACGGCGGAUAUACUGCAAGGCCAUCGGGACCGGUUCCAUGAGCAGUUCCGCAGCUUGAAAAGCUUUUUCAAAAGAGCUUCGGACAUGUUGUAUUUCAAGCGGCUUAUCCAGAUCCCGCGGCUGCCUGAGAGCCCCCCUAAUUUUCUACGGGCAUCAGCUCUGGCCGAGCACGUGAAGCCUGUCGUGGUCAUCCCAGAGGAAGCGCCGGAAGAUGAAGAGCCCGAGAACCUGAUUGAGAUCAGCACGGCCCCUACUGUGGAGCAGCAGAAUGUGUCUGAUAUAUUUGAGCAGACCUUUGGCCCUCCCAACGGUAUAAGAGAUGACAGGGAUCUCCAAAUUGAAAACCUGAAGAAAGAGAUCGAUCUGCUUCGAGGAGAGCUAGAAAAGAUUAAGCUAGAGGCUCAAAGAUACAUCACGCAGUUGAAGGCUCAGAUUAACAGCCUGGAGGCAGAAGUGGAAGAGCAACGCAAGCAGAAGCAGAAGGCUCUGGUAGACAAUGAGCAGCUCCGGGACGAGUUGGAAAGGCUGCAGAGGGCCAAGCUCGAGGGAGACAAGAGCCGAGGACUCUUUUUGGAAGCAGAAAAGAAGGCCAGUGCCACCGAAAUCCGCUACAUCAAGCUGAAAGAGAAGCACAAUGAGCUGAUCAACACACACGCCGAACUUCUGAGAAAGAAUGCAGAUACUGCCAAGCAGCUGACAGUCACCCAACAGAGCCAAGAACAAGUGGCCAGGGUCAAGGAGCAGCUGGCCUUCCAGAUGGAGCAAGCAAAGCGGGAGUCUGAAAUGAAGUUAGAAGACCAGAUAUUGCAGAUGGAGCAGCUGAAAAGAGAGAUGGAAUCCAAGAAGGAUGAAUUGGCUCAGCUUCAGGAGUCAUUGGGCCGUUCGAAGCAGCUUGGCAGUGACCUCAAUAGCCAGCUGGAUGCCCUCCAGUCUGAGAAGGACACCUUGAGGAAGCUGGUCAGCGAGAAGGACUGUGAGCUCAUCUCCACCAAGGGCCUGAUCCAAGAGAAGGAGCUGCUGUUGAGCCAGGAAGCCGAGAAGAGGGCAAAGGAAGUCCAGGAACUGCAGGGGAAGCUCACUGAAAAGAAAAACCAAGAGCAGAAUCUGCAGCAGAAGCUCCUGGAUGACCAGUUCAGCGUCUUGCAAGGGACCGUGAAGGAGGCGGAGGGCAUCAUUCGAGACGCUGUUGCCAAGCUGGACGAUCCUUUGCACAUCCGAUGCACCAGUUCGCCAGAUUACCUCAUCAGUCGUGCGCAGGCAGCUCUGGAAUCGGUGAACACCUUGGAGAGGGGGCAUGGGCAGUACCUGGCCAACAUGACAGAUGCAACUGGACUGGUUGCUGCCUUGGCCCAGUUUGCCCACCUGACUGCAGACACCAUUGUGAACGGCAGUGCCACUUCCCACCUUGCGCCCACAGACCAUGCCGACAAACUGACUGAAACGUGCCGGGACUGUGGGCAACGGAGUCUGGACUAUCUGACGAAGCUCAAAGACAAGCAGUCUCUCCAACACGCAGAUCCAGAGGACGUCAGAAGGAUGCUGCAGGGCCUUCUUCAGCUGGGACAGGAACUAAGGCCCAAAAGCUUAGACAUCCGGCAAGAGGAACUGGGCGACAUGGUCGAUAAAGAGAUGGCCUCCACGUCGGCUGCGAUUGAAGAUGCCGUCAGGAGGAUAGAGGAAAUGAUGAACCAGGCCAGAAUUGAGAGCUCUGGAGUUAAACUGGAAGUAAACGAAAGGAUAUUGAACUCCUGCACAGAUUUGAUGAAGGCCAUCAGGCUCCUUGUGAUGACAUCUACGAAUCUGCAGAAGGAGAUUGUGGAAAGUGGAAGGGGGGCAGCAACACCCCAGGAAUUUUACGCGAAGAACUCCCGCUGGACGGAAGGGCUCAUCUCCGCUUCCAAGGCCGUGGGAUGGGGUGCCACGCAGCUCGUAGAGUCUGCUGACAAGGUGGUCCUGCACACAGGAAAAUACGAAGAGCUGAUUGUCUGUUCGCAUGAGAUUGCGGCCAGCACUGCUCAGCUUGUUGCCGCCUCCAAAGUGAAGGCCGAGAAACACAGCAGAAACCUGGGUAAGCUCCAAGAAUGCUCUCGCACCGUCAAUGAGAUGGCCGCCAAUGUUGUGGCGUCGACAAAGUCGGGACAGGAGCAAGUGGAAGACAAAGACACUAUGGAUUUCUCGGGGAUGUCCUUGAUCAAGCUCAAGAAGGAAGAAAUGGAGACACAGGUGAAAGUCUUGGAGUUGGAAAAGACACUGGAGAACGAGCGCCUUCGCCUUGGCGAGUUGAGAAGGCAGCACUAUGCCUUGGCUGGCAUCUGCAAUGAGAAUGCUGAGGAAGGGAAACCAAGCACUUCCCGCAAGCCUGGCUUGAAGAAGCCUCCUGUGGCUCAGAAGCCAACCCAUGCCCUCAAGCCGGACCCUGAGCUAGUACAGGAGGAUGGCGUGUUCCAGGCCCAUGUGGUCAACUUCUGAGGGGUGGCUCGCCAUUGACCGACCACUGAAGGAAGAGAGCAGGGGCAGCGGAGGUUGGCGCUGGGGGAGUCCACGGCUGCCUGAGGUUUCCUGUUGCUCUAGGAGGCUCAGGCAGUCUCGCCUGCUGUUUCUGCUGGUACCCUACAACCUAGAUUUCUGGUGGAGGGCUAAGCUUUUGGAGGCACCUCUUUGCCUUUUGGGGGGCGGGGGCCGUCAGGAAGCCUCCUGAGUCUAGACAUUCCGAUAACUACUAAGUGUCUGUGUUUUAAACAGAAGCGGACAGGACAAAUCCCCGAGUUGCCUUGUGUCUGGCAUUGCCUUUUUAUCUCAAAAUCCCCGCCCUCACUAUCCUAGUUGGGAAAACAUGGCAGCUUUAAGUUUUUCACCUUUGCCUGCUCUCUAGAUUUUUUUUAGGACAGAUUUGCUUUCGUAAAGCAACGGUAGGCAGUCAGUUACCUCCGAGAAUCCGAAAGGGAACGCAAUGGAUUGAGAAACUAACUUUUAUUGGUUAUUUAUAAAGCAAUAGGAAUCUUUGAGAAUGUUGUGGUUGUUGGGGGGGGGAGGAGUAAAUUUGGUGCAUCAAUUACUGUACGAAGGAGAUCUUUUUAAGGAAAUGUGAAAUUUGUUUUGAAGUAGGCUCUUUGGAUUGCUCUUUGUAUUGUAUGUGGUGCAGACGAGGACAAAAACGUUCCCAAGGAUAAGAUUUUAGACUCUCGAUCAUGUGUACUAAAAGGGAACAGGAUUCAUACGUAGGAUAAAAUGCUACUGUUUUUUAAAGCCUUCAAAUCCUAAUUUAGGAGCAAAACGCAAAGGCAGACACGUCGCUCGUGUCAGGUUCAAUGCUGAAGUAGCUGCAGCACCAUAUAUUUAAUUUGAGGAAGUGUGCAAAGCAGAGCUUUUAACUUAUUAGUGUAGAACCAUUGAAUUAAUGGGAAGCUGGGAACACUCAUGGCGACGCCAUUGACUCAGUGGGUCUACUCUAGCCAGGAAGCAGCAAUUGGAUCUAGGCCAUGGAUAAUAAUAGGAACUUACCAAACAAACCAUGACAUUUUAAGGAAAGAAUUUAGCUUAUUAUUAAAGUUAGUUACCUGAAACAUUGUUCAGUGUUUGUUUUGUUCACUACUAGUAGUACAUAGUGCAAUCUACGUAGCAAUUUUAGGUGGUUUGCUUCUGAGCAGAACAGAUACAUGAGUUGGAAGCAAUGGAAAAGAGCCCAACAGAGCAAUCCAGAGUUGUAUUAAAUGCCCUUACCAAGUAGCUGGACUUUUCUUCUUUCUGGAUCAUGUCAAGUUCUCUGGUGGAGAACGUCUUUCAUUCCUGUCGAGUCUGUAGAGGAGACUGCUCCUGCAAAGGAACUGCAGCCGUCCCCGUUGGUGCUCCAAUCGUGCCUGAAACUAAUGAGACUCAACGCUGCCAAGCCGGCAGCCUGGCCUCCCAUUUGUGUUCUGUCGUUCAGACUACCACUACAGGAAAAUGUCAAACUGCUGAGUGUCUGUCUUGCUCUGUUUGUUACCUUUUUGAACAGCAAAAAAGUGGUUUCUGAUAUUCUUGUACAUAAGCAAUAAAAAACAUCAAGUGGUGUGUGGGGUUUGGAA